AUGGCACCACCAAAACCGUCUGCUAAGGGAGCCAAGAAGGCGGCGAAGACCCAAAAGCCAAAGACUGACAAGAAGCGAAAGCACGCCAGAAAGGAGUCGUACUCGGUGUACAUCUACCGUGUUCUCAAGCAGGUCCACCCUGACACCGGAGUCUCCUCGAAAGCUAUGUCAAUCAUGAAUUCGUUCGUCAACGACGUCUUCGAGCGCAUCGCUGCCGAAGCCUCUCGUCUUGCUCACUACAACAAGCGUUCGACGAUCUCGUCUCGUGAAAUCCAGACGGCCGUUCGUCUGAUCCUUCCGGGAGAACUCGCCAAGCACGCCGUCUCCGAGGGAACCAAGGCUGUCACCAAGUACACCUCGAGCAAAUAA